GAUGCUGUGAGCUUCAGGAGAUGUGUCCAGAGGGAGGGACGUUUCCCAGAUGCUAAGGUAUUUGCAGCUCUGGCAAGGGCAACAGCCAAUUUGCUGCCCAAGCACCAAGGACACGUGAAAUACUGGAAGACGUGUGCGUGCCGGAGAGCCACCGGAACCACAGAGCAUCAGGCACCGAGGGCGAAUCCCACACAUGGUCAUCAGUGCCCAUGCGCCCUUCUGCAGCUCAAGCCAGGGCAGGAGCAUCUCCAGCAGCUCGCCAUGCCAAAUGACAGCCUGGAGCUGAGCAGCCUGGAUGGGAUUUACAUCGGUACUGAGUGCUUGAUUGCUUUGUUUGCCACUUUGGGUAACAUCCUGGUCAUCUGGGUGGUGAAGCUGAACUCGACGUUUCAGAACACGACUCUGUACUUCAUCGUUUCCCUGGCACUGGCCGAUAUCGCGGUGGGGGUCCUCGUCAUGCCCCUGGCCAUCGUGGUGAGUCUGGGCAUCAGCAUCCACUUCUACACCUGCCUGUUUAUGUGCUGCCUGAUGGUGGUUUUCACCAACGCUUCCAUCCUCUCCCUCCUGGCCAUCGCGAUCGACAGGUACCUGCGAGUCAAACUGCCAACCAGAUAUAAAAUAAUCACUACAGAGAGGAGAGUUUGGUGCGCACUGGGUUUGUGCUGGUCCAUGUCCCUCCUGGUAGGAUUAGUCCCCAUGUUUGGAUGGAACAAGAGAGAACCAAGCCUGGACUUUCUCAAGUGUCGAUUUACCUCUGUGAUGAGGAUGGAUUACAUGGUAUAUUUUGGCUUCUUCACGUGGACCCUUGUCCCUCUGCUCAUCAUGUGUGCUCUGUAUGCUGAAAUCUUUUACAUCAUCCGGACAAAGCUCAGACAAGGUGCAACCAAUGCCAGAGGGGCAGGAGCUUUCUAUGGACAGGAGUUCAAGACAGCCAAAUCUCUAGCGCUUGUUCUCUUCCUGUUUGCAAUAUCCUGGUUGCCUCUGUGCAUUAUAAACUGCGUUUACUAUUUUUACCCCAAGAGUCAGAUCCCCCAGUAUUUGAUGUACUUGGGGAUCCUCUUAUCCCAUGCCAAUUCUGCCAUGAACCCCAUUGUCUAUGCUUGCAAGAUAAAGAAGUUCAAAACCACGUACCUUUUCAUUUUAAGGACCUAUAUACUGUGCAAAACACCAGAGCCAGCUCUUACGGAGCAAACAACAGACCAACAGUCAUAAAUCAAGAACAAAUGCUGACCAGACCAUUGAUAAACCACUUUGCUCUGUUAAGAAACUCAUGGGAAAAUGUGUGUUCUGUCUCAUCUGCUCUUGCACAAAUUGUUUUAUGAUAAGGACAAGCUCCUCUUACUCAAUCUGAUGCACAUUUGACAGUAAGCCCAGAAGGAUCAUUUAUGAUCUUCUGCAUCAUUGUACCCCUGAGAAUUCCCCUUGGUGGUUGCUGUACCAAGCUCAGAUCUUCCAAGCAAGCAUCUUCAUUUAACACGACCUUCCAGUUUUGUAUUUAUUGGCUUGAGAGUUAUUUGGUAGAGCAGUGACCCAAAGCACUGUUAACAAGGCAGACUUUUUGCUCCUUUGUCCCCAGCUCAGAUCCACGGCCAGACAGUAAAAAAUAGUGCUUGCUCAUGUCUAGUUUUAACUCAAGACUGAGAAGUCUUUCUGUUACAGUUUUGAUUUCUCUUUUUGCCCAGUCAUAGGCCCUUUGCUUACAUAAAGCCAGACUUGCCCUGACUUUUUUUUUGUCUGGUAGCACCCGUCCAAUAAAACUACAGCAUCUCCUGUGACACCUCCACCCGCGAUGACCUGCAAUGUGAAGUUACCCUUGUGGUCCUGCUGCUGGUGGUCCUGCUGCUUACCAGCUUGGCCACAAGUCCAGAGGCUGCACUGGCUCCGGUGACCCUCUUCUUCUCAGGGGGAGACACUGGCAGUGGGAGACUUCCUUUGACGUUAAAUCAAGGCAACGCUCACCCCAGAAACCUGCAAAAUUGACCUCAGACAUGGAGCACCAGGCAAGAGCCAAUCUGCUGAACACACUGCAGCUAUCCAUCAACGAGAGACGCGGGGGAGAGGGGAGCAAGCCAGGAAGAGAUGACUGUCCAAAAAGAAACUAAUGAUAUCUCUAAGUUCUUCCCUCCUCCCCCAGCUACCUGGCCAAGGAUAGAAUCGACUACCUCUAAGCCAUCAAGGAUGCAUUUUCCUAAUUUGUUACUAAAAGCCAUCAAUUUGGGGGGAUUCUUCCUGUACCACAUAUUCCCAUGCUUAAUUCUCCGAUCACAAACUGUUUUCCUAACACCUGAUUUAAAAGUCAUUUGCUGCAAGUCUCCUCUGUAAACCUGAAGAAUAGUUGCUCUUUUUGCAGCAACCUGUUACAGAUCUAAAAAAUACUCUACCGUUUCAAAAUACAGAAGAGAUACUUAAGAAAAAUUUUGUCCAGCGUUGGUUUGUUCGCAUAAGGAUUGAUUGGGUCCAGUGAAAAAUGGAAUAAAUGUAUUCUUCGUUGUUGGUAACGCAGCAGCUCGCAAUCCCGGCAUGGGCUCGCCCACAUUCUUACACCCUUUGUCUUCUCUGUCAAUGGAGACUAAAGUUGAGUCUGGUCAACUUGUGCUGCAGCCAGUGUUGUCACAUUUUCAUGAAUAAUAAUAAACUUUGCAUGGAUUUUACAUUGAUUCAGCCUGCUCUUCUCCCACGACAAUCCAAAAAGCAGCUUGCAUGAAACCUCCGCGCUGUUUUAGUCCGUGUCCCGAGCACGACGGCAGAGAAAUUGCAGUAAAUACUACACCACAGCUUACGCAGCCUGCUUUUAGGGAACACGGGUCAAGCUGAAAACAGGUCAUUAAAGGCCAGGCUCCUUUUUCUCCAUCUUUAAAUAAUAAAAGUCAUCCAGGAAAAGCAGAAAAAGGAGUGCGUAAUUCUGUUAUUUAUCUCAGAAAGCAUUGGCAUCUGCUCCUUUAGCUGAGAUCAGCCAUCUCGAUUUAUUAUCUGAUGUAACCCUUGUCACAGGCCAAAGCUCUGCCACUACACAGUUCAACUCUAUUAAUAAACAGGCCGGCAAAGGAAGUCACUGCGUAAGUACAUCAGAAUUUUGCUAUGUGAUCUCUCACUAUCAGUUGACGGGGGGGCUGAUUGCUUUCAGCAGAAAACCAGGUCC